CCCAGGGUGAAUUCUUUGAAAGCAGUUACCAGUUUCAGUUUGUUUCAUAAUAAACGAGGCAAAUUUGUAAGGUGACAGUUGUUGAAACAUGGAAAAAGCUAGUGAAACUAGAAUGCAAGUUCAUCGUUGUCCUUUAUUCAUACAUUCAGUCCCAUCGACAGUUUAUUUUUUGCAUCAGGAAACUGCUAAUUUUUUUGAAUUUUUUCAAAAUUUCUGAAAGUGUUUUUUGGCUUGGAUAUUGUCGGAUUUUUUUGCCAAGGAAUUUAGAGAAUCUUGAUUGCCACAUCAUAUUCAAGACCCGGUUUGCUUGAUUUUCCUUAUUCUGCACCACCGGAAAUGUCCGGACCGGACUAUUAUAACAAGACAUUAAAACAACAAUAUUCGGAAUAUUUGGAGCCUCUGUGUCACUCUCCUAGGAGGUUUGAUUUGGUCUAAACAAACCCAGUUUUUCCCGUCUUCACCCGGCGAUCUUGUUGUAGAUCAUCGGCAUUUUUGCCAGAUGAAUAAGCCUGUAAAUUCUUGUAUUCAAUGCGCUGUUUUGUCGUUAAAUAAAUCUCUUUGUUCAUGCAUAAUUGAAUACUAUAGUACCACAGAAUAAUCGCUUAGUGAUUGAAGGUGAAAGAGGUUCGCAAAUUACCAUUCAAUGCUUGCAUUGAUUUUGGCCAGUAAGCCGUGUCCAUCCAGCUCUUUUCGGUGUUCACCGUCACCGCGAUUGCAAAUCUUACUGAGUAGGACGAGUAUUUCUCUCGCGUUAUUCUACAGAUCGGAUCGCCUUUUCCUUACCGGAGCUGAACAGAACACUUUCAGACGGGUUUGAAAGAAAUAUGGCUUUCCCAUACAGCCAGGGAAGCAGAAAAGAAGCUGUGAAGCAAAUUCCAAUCAACAAGCCAGUGUAUCAUUUCAGUGGUGCUGACGUUAAGCAAAGAGAACUUUCGAACGGAAUUUCACACUCUGAUGCUCUAGUUCAAAAUACAGAAAUGACGUCAAAUGGACAGACAAUGAGCUAUCGUGUUGAGCAUCUUGCAUCAUUCCAGCACAUAAGUGGAAACAGAGAACUGUUGCCAGAAGAUGCACUGAAAAAACUCAAUGAAAUCAGUGAAGAUGGUGGACUCUGGUCCCAGUUAAUGAUCAUGAAAGUCUCGAAUGCAAAGCUAGUAAUGGCCAAUGGAGAAACAAAUGAAACUAUCGAAGAAUAUUCUUUGGAAAACAUUAGUCUUUGUACUUACGUCGCAGAUCACCCAGCUGUCAAUAAUAUCUUCAUUUUCUCAACAAGAUACUCCAACGACAAAGUUGGUGCAAUCCAUUUGUUCCAAUGCAAAUCCUCAGAGGCAGCAGUGAUUGCAUCUGAUAUCAACAAAAGAAGAGGUGGAAAAGACAAAAUGAUUGCCGGGGAAGGAGUCGUCAACGGUGGGUUUUCAGAAACAUCGUCUCCCAAAAUCAACGGACAUUCCAAGGUUGCUGACGGUGAAGAUGCAGGCGACAAUGUGGCAAAGAAAAACCUAGAAAAUCUUGGAUACGUCCAUGAUGAAACUGAUAAUCUAUCAAGUCCUAGACACGGUGUUGGAGUUCACCAACGUGUUGAAGCCUUCCAAAAGUUCUCCGAGCCGAAACCAACCGAGAUCUUGCGCACUGGCAGCAGAACAUCCGCUGAUUAUGUCUCUAAGGAAACUCGCCAAGCAAGGAUAAACAGAGAUGUUGAAGCCCUGAAUCGAUGUAUUGAAACGGCUGAAGAUUUCAUUGUUGAGUUGAAGAAAAUGAAUGAUGCAAGAAAGAAGCUAAGUGUUAAAGGGCCAAAGAAAAGCAUGAAGAGAAAAUAUGAGGGAGCCAGAAGUCUUGCGAAGGGACCAACAGAAGCCAGUACAAUUGACAUGUACCAAAAGUUCAAAUACGCCUUCAAUUUAUUGGGAAAACUUAAAUCUCAUAUCAACAGCCCAAAUGCUCCGGAGCUCGUCAACUAUUUGUUUGUUCCAUUGGAAAUCAUUGUAAAAGUUCUCGGACAUGAGACAGCUCGCAGUGUUGUCAGUCCACUUAUGACAGUUGCAGCGAUUGAUUUGUUGACAAACUGCCUGAGAUCCAGGGACCAUGAAUUUUGGAAAAGCUUGGGACCAAAUUGGAGUCUUCCUCAAUCAGCACCAAUGUUCCAUGACAGAUACAUCACACCAUACGCCCCAAAAUUUAAGGAUGGGUGGACACCCCCGGAAAUCGUUGCAGACGAAAGAGGUGCUGCUGCUGCCAAAUCAACGGCCGCUAUGGUCGCUCGGAUGAAGGAGUCAGAAUUCGGGAGUGAGAAAACACGAACGAUGGUUGCACGUGCAGUUCAAAGAUUCAGGAGUUUGGCUCACGAAGCUAAGACACGAAAACUGGCAGAUGACGAGAAAAGGGCUGUCGAAGAGGCCAAACAUCAUUACGAAACACCGCCUGUGCCGCCCGUACCCGUCGUUGCAACACAUGUAAAGAAGACAGUCGAAGAGACUCCAAAGAGACAGCCGGUUGGAGAGCUGAAGUUUGCUUUGGUUGUUUACGAUUACUGGGCACAUAACAACAAGGAGCUUACAAUUAGAGCCGGGGAAAAAGUUGUUAUCAUAGACGAUACCCGUAGAUGGUGGCUGGUAAGAAAUAAUGAUGACGAGCAGGGAUACGUUCCUUCAACUGUCCUUGAAGUCUACAAUCCUGGUAAGUUUAAUUCUAACGCAUUGUGAAUCUAUUUCUAGCGUUCUGUUUUCACGGUCUCAGGACAUGCUGCAGUGUCCGUCUGAUUUGUCCAUAUGUUAGCUGUACGAAUCUGAAGAAAAUUCUGAGGAAGGAAAGAAAGUUUUCUGACUUGCCAGCCAUAACGCAGCUGUAUCAGUUUUUAGUUUUCUUGCAUAAUUUGCAUGUU